AAGACAGAAACAUUGAACCAUUGUUGCUUGUCAAAUUAAAAUGUGAUAACUGAAAAAAAUUAUUUUAGAAAAUUGGAGAUUGGGUUUGUGUGUGGUGUUUAUUUACAAACUAUAGAAAAAAGGAAGGAUUAAUCCUGCAUCCUACGGAUUAAAAUUUAACCAUGACCCUGAGGUUAAUUACAACAAAAUUUCAUAUCCCGAAGAUAUUAUCUCGAUUUGUAUCUACCACAAAUUCAGAACAUGCAAUAGUAUGUACUGAUGAUGGAAGUACUUUAGUUGCUUGGCAUCCGAAAACAGAUUUCCCAUAUGAAUGUACGAGACCAUUACCUGAAGAAAAGAUCGAAGAAAACAGUUCUGUGUUAAAAGUUAAACUAACUCCACAAGUUAUGGAAGUUUUCAGUAAGAAAACACCUGAGCAGGCAAGGCAAGAACUAAUGAAUAUUACGCUUACGACUAAACAUAGAUGGUUCCCUAAAGCAAGGCUCAAGAAACUUAGGAAGCUUCCUAUGGAGAGACAAUAUUUGUGAAUUUAGUUCUGAAUUGUUAAUAACAGUAAUUUGAUUUUGUAAUAUUUAAUUUGUAGUUUUUUUUUAUGAAUUAAUAUUAAUAUAGGUAGAACUUCA